AUGUCUGAGGAUAAUGUUUAUCAAGAUGCGGAUAUUGUGUGGGUUAAGUUGCGGAGCUGCUGGUGGCCUGGAGAGGUGUGCAGUCAUCAAAGGCAACCCGAAGGUUUGCUUAAACACACAAAACGCAAGCCGUAUUGUGUAGUGAAAUUUUUUCAAGAGGAGUCAUUUGAGUGUGUGAAAAACUCCAAGAUGAUAUUUCCUUUUAACUGCAGUAAAAAAGACGAAUUCAUUCGAAAAGGUCAUGCGCUAUUGGCAAAGAAUAAAUACAUGGAACAGUUUCCUGCUGCUGUAUCAACGGCCGAACGCCUCACUCGAUCAGUAACAAGAUCCUCACUAUUCUUCAAUAGCCGGCCAGAUAGCAUUAUCAAAGCAGUUCUUACAGAUUCACCACCAAAAUGCGAACGCAUCCGAAAUGGAAGACAAUACCCGAGUCAAUCGCCCGAUUGGUCGCCAACAUACAAAUGCAAUUUGUGUGAUUUUCAAAGCACUAGACAAAAUGUUAUGGUUCUGCAUAGGAGAAGUCACAGCGGUUCAGGAACAACACCUCAAAGAAAUAUCUUUAUGAAUCGUUCACUUAUAAGUUCUUCAAAUGCAAAAGUUUCAGAGAAAUCAAAAUCGCCCGAUAUUAUUGAAGAAGUUAGAAAAGUCACGCUCAACACAUCCACGGCUCAAACUCCAGUGAGAAAUGAAAAAGAAUCACCACAUGUUAUUGAGGACACAUCUGUCACUGAAAUUGAACCUGAUAUGACGAAAAAAGUUCACAAUACACAUUUGGAAAAAGAACAUCUAUCAAAAGAAAAGAAAGAAAAAAAUAUUCAAAAAAGUCUUCUAGCCGACUGGAUCGAUGAAGAUAAGGACGACGAUGACGACAUCGAAGAAGAGUUCCGUGAUGCUAAAAAACUAGAAACUGUGGAUAAUAAAACGACUGCCAACAAUAAUAAUCAGUGCGGCUCUACUUCUUUUGCAUCUACUUCAGCUUCGGCAGAAAAGUUAAGAGAACAAGAAUCUGUUGAUCAGAAAAUAUCGGUAGCACUUUUAGAACCUCAAAAGCCAGCAUCUAAAAUUCGAAAUAUUCCUAAAAAAGAUCGACGAAAUAUAAUUUUUACUGAUUUCAACGAAAUAGAUGAAAGUUCUUUAACGUGUUCUCAAUCGAAAAAGCAAAACAAUGAUGUUCACUCACAAAUAUUAACAGACGAUAAAGAUUUAUCCAAAUCAAAAGAUCCGUCUACAUCCGCGAUAUCAAUGUCUCCUGAACCUAAUACGGGACCAUUAAAAACAAGUACAAACAUAGAUGAAAUUCAAACAACUUCUAAAAUACAUUUAAGGACGCAAAGGGACAAAGCUGAUGAAAAUAAUUACAUACCCAGACUGAGUAGUAAAGCAAGAGUUCAUGACAAAAAAUUAUCCAGAAAGGAAGCAAAAAUAUUAGAAGCCUCAAUUGAAGUAACGGCGGCUGUUGACAUAAAACCCCCGCAGGUGUUUGGAAUGCAAACAUUGGAUACAGUUGCUCCUGAAGUAAUCGAUGUUGAUGAGAUUUCAGCUGUAAAUGCAAAAGAAGUACCCGCUGAUAUAGAUAUUGCGAACGUUACAAACACAUUUGUAACUUCUACCGUUUUAGUGAAAUCUGCUAAUUUAGAGCCGAAUACAGAACAUGAGCAAAGUGAUUUAUCUGCAGAAGUAAAAACGGUGACUGACAAAAUCAUGAUUGAGCUAUCUACACUUCAAUCGGGAACGAAAAACUCUAUUUCUAUUGAAGAAACUGUAUUGAACAGUGAAGUUAAUGACGGACCCACAAUACUCCGACCAUCUACAAUGGAAUCAAAAACGGUGGAUUGUACAGCUCCUUUAAUAAAACAAAGCGAAGAGCUUUCUUACAACACAGAGCAAUCAACUAUGGAAGAUUCAGCAGAUACACCAAUUACUAUGAAUCUAACUUGGAGAGAAAGCACUUCUGAAGAAUCUAGCAUAGAAGAACAAGUUGAAGUGAAUUCAAAAACAGAAGAGCCCAUUACAUUUAAAUCGAAUACAGAAAAGCCAAUUCCUUUUCAACCAAUAAUCAUAGGAUCAACAGCAGAAGAAACUCCAUUAGAAUCAUCUACCGAACAUGAGCCAAUAGAACCAAUAUGUUUGUUUGAACAAAACACAACAAAACCAGGUGCAGAAGAAAUAGCAACAGAAGAAAUAUCUGCAUUGGAGACAUCAGACACAGAACCAUGUAUAAAAGAGCAAUCGAUAGCAAAAACAGUUGAUCCAUCUACAAUGGAACCACCCACAGUAGAUCAAAUUCCAGUAGAAAUUUCUACAGAAAAUGCAUCAACAGUUGAAUCAAUAGCAGACGAAACAUUAAAGGAUGAACCAUUUUUAUUAGAACCAUCUUUAGUAGAACCAUUACUUCUAGAAGAAUCUUCUAAAGAACCAUCAACGGAAGAACAAAAUACUUUGGAACAGUAUACUGAAGAAGAAUCUACUCUAGAACAGUCCACUGUGGAACCAUCUUCUCUUGAACCAUUUAUUGUAGAACCAUCUGCAGAUGAACAAUCUACAACAGAAACAUCUACUAUUGAACCAUUUACACCAACACUUCCUGUAGCAGAAGCAUUUGGAAGAGAAUCUCCAGCAGAACAUUCUAUAGUAGAACCAUAUGCAGCAGGAACAUUUAAAAUAAAACUUCCUGCAGCAGAACCGUCUAGAGAUGAACCACAUAGAGACGAACCAUCUACAGAGGAACUAUUCACAGUUGAACCAUCAAAUGAAGGGCCAUUAACAGAAGAGCAAUCUAUAGAAGAUUCAUCUACAAAAGAACCAUCUGCAAAAGAACCAGCUGAACUAUCUACAGGAGAACCAUCUACAGAGAAACCAUUUAUAUUUGAACCAUCUACAGCAGAAUCAAUUGCUGUAGAAUCAUCUACAGUAGAAAUGUCUACAGUAGAAUCAUCUGAAAUAGAACCAUCUUCAGUAGAAUCAUCUUCGGUAGAAAUAUCUACUAAAGAGCUAACUACAGUAGAACCAUCUGCAGAAGAAAAAUCUACAACAGAACAAACUAUCGUAGAGCCAUCUUCAGCUGAUGAUUUAUCCUCAAUAGAACCGCCCACCGAAGAACUACAUACAGCAGAACUAUCUACAGCACAAUCAUAUAAAAUAGAAGCGUCUACAGAAGACUCAUCCACGGUAAAACAAUCAACACAAGAAUUAUCUGUUGUAGAACCAUAUGCUUUCACUACUCAAGAGCUAAUCAAAGAAGGUCUAAAAGCAAUUGACACGAUUGUAGGCGAAACAACUGAAGAACAAACAACUACAAUAAAACCCGUUUCUGAAGAAUCUAUCACUGAGAAAGAUCCAGUACCAGUUGGAAAAGAAGAAGAAGCAAUUGGAGUGGAACUUAAUUUAGCAGAAACAAAUACUUCUGUUUUUAAAAGUGCAGAAUCAAACGAAAUAGAGUUACACACCGCAGAAGACCCAAAAGUUAUGGAAGAAACAAAUUUAGAUGUUCAUCGAUUAGAAUCAGUCGAGUCUCCUCUCGAUAUAAAUUCUUCGUCUGCAAUAGAAAAUGUUUCAAGCGAGAAAAGUAUAGAAACAACUGUAUUAGGACAUGAAAUCAUGCAUAACGCAGCUAAAUUAAAUCAAAUUAAAUCAGAAACUAAAACAGAGCAUUCAACGGAAGAAUUGUAUUUGGCAGAAAACUUUUCGCCAUCUAAAAGCCAACCAAGAAAAAGAUCAUCAACUAAAAUACCUACAAAUACAACACAAGAACAAUCUUUGCUUUCUUCUGAAGUAGCUGAGGAUAAUAAGAAAUUAUCACAUGAGGAAGGCAAAUCAGAUGAUAAAAUAUUAAAUGAAAAGAUUUGUCUGGAAGUAAACUCCAAAACUCAUUCAGAAGUUAAAAAAGAAAAGAAACCUAUCUUAAGAUCAUCGACCCCUAGGGGUUGUAAGAGAGAUACUUUUGGAGACAAGGAUGUUGUUGCCAAGAAAAGAACGGCUAAAGCCACAGCAAAAAAAAUUAAGCUUGUGGAUAAGAAAUCCUCAAAUGCAGAAUUAGCAGUUGAAUCAUUUACAUUUGAUACAUCGUUAUCAAUUCAUGACAAGGAAGACAAGAUUUUAAGUGAAGAAGCAAUUAUGGAAAAAGAUAAAAAUGAGCUAAAGGCAGAUUCCCAAGUGUCCAAUGAAUUAACCAACAAUGCGGACAAUUGCAUGGACACACAACACACUACAGACAAAUCUGAUGCACUACCUAUUCCAGAGCAUAAUACUACAAAGGCAGAUAAUAUAAGUGAAUCAAAAUCUGAUAUGCCAAACUUUUUAGAUAUGGAAGACGUAAAUCCAUUAUCAGAAUUGAAUGAAUCAAAACCUCGGAGUUCUUUUAGUAAGGCAUCGUUAGCAUGUUUUGACUUCAAUGAAGAGGAAGACAUUUUAACAUCUAUAGCUAACUUUAAGAAAACUUAUGUUUCACCAGAAAAAACCUACAAUUUUGGCAUGGACAGUCGACCAAAAACACCUGACGCUCAAAAACUCGAACUGGAAAUGAAAGAUAAACAACUAUCUGCAGAUAUUGAAUCCCUCUUAAAAACAACUUCGGUAUCAGUAAAUCUUGCAGCUUCUUCAACUGCUUCAGGUAGUAAUAGAAAUUUGUCCACUGAAGUUCGAGGAUUACCCAUCAAAGAGCGGGGAAAGCGAAUUUUUAAAUCCAGAAAUCGCUUUCGAGUUGAAAGCUGUCCUUCGGUUUCAACUACUUCGACGACAGAGAUAAAAGAUGUGAGUGCAUCUCUUUCAAGCGUUGAUAAAAAAGAUACUUCCCCUGAUGUUAUCAAUGCAAUUGAAAAACAACAGAACUCAGCUCCAGAACAAGAACAAGAAAUGGCUUUUGAAGUUGAAGAAAAUGUUGAUGCGGCGAAGAAAAUUGAGGAAAAAACAAUGGAUGAUAAAAUCACAAACUCCGAAGAGGAAAUAAUUGGACGUAUUGUGUUUUCGCCAGCCGAAGUUUAUGCAACUGCAAAUGAAGAGCCUUUGAAAGAAUCUUUACAAUUAGCAGAAAGCCAUGUGUCUUCUAGUGAAAUGGAAGUUUAUGCACAACAAUCAUUAUUAUCAAGCAACGAAAAUGAAGAGAAAUGUUCAAAUAUCAUACAAGAUAAAGUUGUUAAUGCUGAAGAAGAGACUUUCGAAAAUCCUUCGUUUUCCGGUGAAAUUGAAGAAAAAGAUAUUCAAAAUGACAACUUUUUGGAUUCUUAUAUUUCAAAAGAUAAUGAUGAAAAUAAAGAUUUUCCUGAGGAAGUUAUUGACCAACAAUGUUUUUCGAUAACGGAUAAAAUAAGCGAUCAGAAUGAGACUGAGAUAGAGGCAGAGACAGAGCUAGAGCCAAAACAAGAACCAGAACCAGAGACAUUUAACAAAGCUUUGCAGCAAGACGAUUCUGAAGUAUAUAAAUCAUAUACUCUUGACUCAUCAAUUGUUAAUGAAGAGCAACAAAUCAAAUAUGUUGAUGAUAACAUAGAAAAUGCAGACGGUGAGUCAAUUUUAACAGACCAAAAACUUAACUUAGUUGAAGAUGGAACUGAAGAAAAUAUAGAGCAUAUUUUUGAUAAAGAAAUACCUGUUGAUGACGAAGUUUGUAAAUCAAACGACCCAAAUUGUGAUUCACCCUUUGAAUAUGAAUUGGUAACUACGGAAGUAUCGACUAUUGUUGAUCAUACUUCCACUGAAGAACAAAGCUUGGAAAAUGCUAAAGAGUCUUCGAAUGAAGUAUCAGAAGAAAUCGUUUCGUGCUGUGACGAUGGUACAUUCUUAAAUGAAAUGAUUAUUGCUGAUGUUGCAGAAUCUCAAAGCUCAGUUACAGAAAAUGAAAUCGAGAUUUCAAAUGUGUCCUUAAAAUAUGUUGAAACAGAAUCUGUUGUAAACGAAAACCCCACAGAUGAAUCAAAUUCUUGUUCUGUUAAUGGUAUGAACUCAAAAAUAUACGACAAUGAAGUAAAUGAUAUUAACGAAUCGAAUGUGAAAGAAGAGAGAUUACAAGCUGAGGCAGAACAUGGCGCGGCAUCUAGUGAUGAUUCCAGUUCAAUGAUAUCAGAUGCUGAGGCUGAGUUUGGCUCUCCGACGUCAAUGUUAGAAGAAGAACGAGUACUUAAUAGAGCUUUAAUGGGCAAUGAAAUGGCAGCCACAAGUGCUGAAGGGAAAGGACAUAAAACAAUAAAGAAACUAACCCGUAAGUUGCACAACUCACUUAAAGAAAAUAGCAAGCUAAUACUUCAAUCGGUACAAUGUGAUACUCAAGAGAGCACAUCAAAUGAUAUUGUCAACGAGUUAGUUUUUGAUACAAACAAAUAUGGAAGUUUUGGAAAAGAAUGCAUUAGUGAUUCUUUUUCUAAUAAACAACAUGAAAAAGAAACAGAUUCACAACAAAACAAUGAUUUACUAGAAGAACACAAAGAAAAACUUUCAGAAAAUAAGGAUAUUGUAGAUUCAAAUUAUGAAAACUCGGAUUCAUCGGAAGAAGACGAAGAAGAAAUUUGUUCUCCUCCCAUUGAGCCACUUGUAGAUGAAGACACCGAAGCGGAAAUAAUUGCGAAUUAUUCCGCAGCAACAAGUUUAUCAAAAAGUGAGGGCGGAGCACAAGUUGAUAGUGAAGCUUUAAUUACUAGUGAUAUUGCUACGGAAUUUCAGCUAGACUAUUCAGACAAAUCCAAAACUAAAAGUACGAUCUCAGAAGAACACGAUUCAGAAACAGCAAAUACGGGCGAAUCUGAGCUUUGCGCGGAUCUGAAUGGAAAGCAAACUGAUUCUUACUACACUGUUACCCAAAAAUCAGAUACUAUAAUAAAACUUAACAAGCAUAAGGACAAAACAACAAAUGCUGUAGCCGAAAAGGGUUGGACAGAAACUAACGUAGAUGUUAGAAAAUCGGAAUUAGCGGGCGAAGAGCUAAGUGCAGCCGAAGCCUUGCUUCUUAUUCCAAAUCAACCAGCAAAUAUUUUAGAAAAUUCAACUGAUCUCCCAAAAAAACCAAUGGAUGCAGCAGACUCUUCAGCUGAAGUUGAGGCCGCACAAGGUUUUCUCGAUGAAAAGGAAAUAAAAGAAGAAGUAACCGAAAGCAGUGAUGCAAUACCUAAUCAAGAUCUGGAUCUGGAUAUGAAGGAGGAUAUUCCAAAAGAACUAGUGCGAAGAAAAAGACGCUCACACAUGAAAGUGACACCACGAAAACGUAUCAUCGAUUCAACUAAACUAGAAGAAAACCAAGAAGAAUCGCAAAUUGAAACAAAGGUUGCCAAACUAACAAACACUUCUCAAAAAGCUACUUCAAAACUUGCUAAAACUGGUGAAAAUGUCGAAAAAGUGAAGAAAUCGUGUGCUGAACAAUAUGAAGAUAGUUUUGUUUUGAAGUACAUGAAAGAGCAACUAAUGGAGGAAAUGGAAUCAGUUGAAUCGGCCAAAAUGAAUGCUGAAGAUUGUGACAAGUCAGCCAAUACUUCUGACAAGCAAACACUUGAAAAAGUCCAUAUAACUGUUGAUAUUUCGAAUCCUCUUUCAUCUCAAAUUGCGACAAUACUUGGUACAAAUCGAACUGCAUCUACCGAUGUACCUAUUCGAAGCGGGUUUAAAAAGCGAAAACAAAGUGUGGAAGAUGAUAUUCCUUCAUUUAUAAUAAAAAGACCUUGUCCUAAAACUGUUGCCGAGGAAGAAGCAGCGGAUAGAGAGACAAUUGCUCAGAUACAGAACCUAUGUCCACAUGUGGAAAUAACGCGAAAGCCAUCUAAGGACGAAAGCUCGUCAACGACAACAUCAACAUCAACUUCACAGCAAACUACAAUUAAACCCCAAAUAAUUAAUCAAAAGAUUCUGCGUGCAGGAAAUAAUCAACCCCUUAUUACGGUUACAGCUAAGGGAAAUAAGGCGGACGAAAGUAUAUUCGACAUUUCUAAUAUGCCAAUUGUUCUGUCAAAUGAGAAAAUAAAUGAAAAAGUACACCUAGUAAUUACUCCUACAACGAAUCCUCAAAUCAUAAAACAGUUCCAAACCCAGCAGCAACAAACGCAGAUAUCAAACGCAGGGGCAAGUACGAGUAAUUUUCCUGGAAAUGCAACAACAGCUGUGCCAAAACCUGGUAUUCCGGUGCGUAGGCCGUCAUGUGUUCGCACCAAACGUACACCUUCCAGGCAACAGUUGCCAGACCAACACUCUCCGGUGUCUUCAGACAUUCAAAAUUUUGAACAAGAAAAUUACCAACAACAAAUCGUUGCUCUACAACAGCCACAUCUACAGCAAGAUUAUGUUAAUCCACAUCAACAGCUGCAACAACAUCAGCAGCAGAUGCAAGAAGAUCAAAAUCAACUUCAACAACAAGGGCAGGUGCAAUCACUGAAUCAAUUUCAAUUACAACACCAACAACAACAGCAGCAACAACAACAACAGCAACAACAACAGCAGCAACAACAACAACAGCAACAACAACAACAACAACAAUUCCAACAACAACACCAUCAGAAUCAAAUUCAACAACAACUUCAGGAAGAACAAAAUAUUUUAAUUCAACAACAUCAUCAAUUAUUGCUGCAACAACAACUACAAUUCCAACAACAGCAACAACAACAACAACAUGUUCACAAUCAGCAUCAACUUGUUACUAACGAAAAAGCUUCGCAAUCAAAUCUUACCGAAAAGCAAAUAGGAAUCGACAACCGUGGUAAUAAGUACGUUAUCAUAAGAAACCCAUCAAAUACUGUUGUAAUGGCAAAUAGCCCUGAGCCCUGCAAGGCUCAACAACAACAACAACGAGUUCCAGUAACAGGGGAAUCAUGUGAUCAGGGUUCACAGCAGCGGAAGCAAAGGCAAAAGAAACAUUCACCUCUCACAGUACAAACAGGAAGUCAAUCAAAAUCUCCACUUCCUGUAAUGCCUGUCGCAACACCGCCUCCUAAUAUACUGUCUAUAACAUCUACACAGACGAACCAACCACAGCAAUAUUUCAAAGAUCAACACAUUACUUCACCCAAUAUACCUGCGACCCCAGCAGCAACAACGAAACCCAAAGGCAGAGGACGGGGUCGUCCACCUAAAAACAAAACAGAUACCGUUUCGCUUAACAAACAGACCACGUCCACGAGCAAUAAUGUUAAAGUAAAUGCAAACGGAAGACGUUCGACUGGUAGGAUUUGCGAACCACCCCGUCAGCGAACGAGAUCAGUGGCAGUGACAACAUCUCCUGAAGUUCAACAAACAGUUAUGUCGUCCACGACGGUGUAUACAUCAAACCAACAGCCAACACAACCGGUUGAUUUUAUGGUCAAUCAGCAAUUCACUUCGAUGCCAGUUGGCUCUUCCCCAAAUAUGCGCGCAAAUAAUGAGUCCUAUCAGACGCAAACGUUAGGCCUCAGUCCACAAUCGAGGCCACCACAAUCAACUGCAUCAGAAAUUCCAAUUGAGGCAUCUGAGGUGUCUGGCGGUGGUUACGCUGUACCUUCACUUCCAGUGCCAGGAUAUCCGCAGACAUAUUUGCUGUGCGAGCUAAUUGGCAAUAAAUACAAAGAAGUUUUCUCAAAACCACUCUACCUGUCCCCGGAUCGAACAAGAUUCUUAGAGGUACCCGACGAAUUGGUCACAGAAGCACAUAAGAAAUUGUCAGACUCUCGCCGAGAACCGAAUCCAAAUGCUUUAAAAUUAGUAUCCGACGGUACGCCACAUAUUUUGCAAUCGAGAUUAAUAGAAAUUAAUUCAGAAAACAUGGUCAACCAAAACGAUGGCAACGGCCAACAAAAUGAAGUGCUCAUGCAAAAACAUCAACAUAUUUCAGUUGAAGACCAAGCCUCGGCAUUAUUGUGUUUACAAGAGCAACUAACGCAGGAGCAACUGGUGCAAGAACGACUUGUUCAAAAUCAACUUGUACAGGAACAGCUAGUCCAGGAGCAGUUCGUAGAGGAACAAUUUGUCCCGGAACAAUUUGUGCAGGAACAGUUUGUCCAAGAGCAAUUUGUACCAGAACAUUUUGUGCAAGAACAAUUUGUGCAGGAACAAUUCGUUCAGGAACAAUUUGUUCAAGAGCAAUUUGUACCAGAACAAUUUGUUCAGGAACAGUUCAACUUGCAACCACAACAAUUUUCCUUACAAUUGGCUAGAUUUGAAACCGGUGAAGUAAUAGAGGAUGCGGAGAGAGGCCAAAUGAUGGUAGUGACUACUGGUACUCACAACUUGAUUUUAGAUGAUAAAUCUUUCUUUGAAUUUACUGGUGAGAAAAAAAUUGACUUCUAUAACGCUGAGAAGGAUACGUAUAUUUUGACACCUCAAGUAAUAAGUAGCCUAUUACAUCAUUAUGCGUUAGGGCACAUCACAGCAGUACCAGCUAUGAAUACAGAAAUUGGAGAUCAGCAAGAAGUAUCGAUAUCUGAUGUUAUUCAGAAUGCAGAUUCUUCUACAAAUAUUCUUGAAGUUGCACUAGAUGAAUCAGGGUUAUAUUCAGAGGAACAGUUUAUAAACACUGGCCAAAUUCUUCAAAUAGAAACCCCUGAAGGUAUGCAAUUGAUUGGAACAGCAGCCGAGAAUGCUGAUUUGAUUUUCCAUCACAUGACAAAAGCCAAUACCAACGAAACAAACGUCCUUCUUAAUCAAGCCCCCAAGAUGUCUGCAGUGGAAAUUCCCUCAGACAAAAGCAAACGGAGAUUUGAAACAAAACCAUCUACACCUGCAACUUUGGAAGAUUGUCUCAACGUAAUUGGAGUUCCCAUUCAAUCGCCUAGUGUACCAGCGUCGCUUGAAUUGCCUGCAUCUGUAACCAAUCCUGCUAUAGUGGCAAAAACACGAACACCUACUCCAGGUACAAUCACCAUGAAUGAGAUCAUUGCAACUGGUUUGUGUCAUCAUCCCGACAUAACCUCCUUGCCAUCAAUGAGUUCCAACGAUCAGGAACUUACUUAUGAAUUCUUCCAAUCAAAUACGGAAGCUCACGAAGAAAAGGAUCAGGUGAAUGAAGAAUCCGUUGUAACUGACAUGGGUGAAUAUGCUGUCGUUACAAGCAGCGCUAGUUUUGAUGAUCCUGGCAGAUAAUAUCCACUUAUGUUCUUCGAGUAGGAUGUAUCGCGCUGGAACCUAAUUAGUUAGUUAGGUUUUUAAAGCGUGUUCUUUCGGAGAAUAUUAUAAAACAACAAAAAACAA